CUCAUCAGACAUAUGGUGCAUGCUUCUCCUGCCAGGCGCGGUGCCCAUGACUGAGGAGAUAGCAUCUUCACCUUUGCGGAGGGCCUCCCAGUCUGCCUGACCUGGCCAGCUACCGUUGGCCCCUGAGUAAGGCCCAGGCACCCUGCCCCGGGCCUUGAGGCCUCUUGGGUUGGAAACUGGAAGAUGUCAGUGCUUCUUAAAAGGGCUCUAGGUGUCACUGGACGUAGACGCUGCAUGGUCACACAGCGGCCCCCUUCCUACACCCCAGCGCUUCCCACAAGGAGGGUGUGGGCAGGACUUUUAAAAAUCGUUCCAGAAUGAAGGUUAGAUAUGUUUGAAUAGAGGCCCUUAAUCGUUUACAAGGCAAUUAUGCUUGAUUUCAGGAAUGCCAGAAAGGACUACAUUACUGCCAAGUACAUCGAGAGGAAAUAUGCAAGGAAAAGGCAUGCGGAUAAUGCAGCAAAACUUCACAGCCUUUGUGAGGCUGUCAAAACAAGAGAUAUUUUUGGAUUACUCCAAGCGUAUGCUGACGGUGUGGAUCUUACAGAAAAAAUCCCACUGGCCAACGGACAUGAGCCAGAUGAAACCGCCCUCCAUCUUGCAGUCAGGUCGGUGGACCGGACUUCUCUCCACAUUGUAGACUUUUUAGUUCAGAACAGCGGGAACCUGGACAAACAGACGGGGAAAGGCAGCACCGCCUUGCACUACUGCUGCCUGACGGACAACGCCGAGUGCCUCAAGCUCCUCCUGCGCGGGAAGGCCUCCAUCGAGACCGCCAACGAGUCCGGAGAGACGCCACUGGACAUCGCCAAACGCCUCAGGCACGAGCACUGCGAGGAGCUGCUGACCCAGGCCUUAUGCGGGAGGUUUAACUCUCACGUCCACGUCGAGUACGAGUGGCGACUGCUCCACGAAGACCUGGAUGAGAGCGAUGACGAUGUGGACGAGAAAUUGCAGCCCAGCCCCAGUCGGCGAGAGGACCGGCCCGUCAGCUUCUACCAGCUGGGCUCCAACCAGCUGCAGUCUAAUGCUGCAUCUUUGGCCAGAGAUGCCGCCAGCCUGGCCAAGGACAAGCAGAGGAGCUUUGUGCCCAGCAUCUUGCAGAACGAGACGUACGGCGCGAUCCUCAGUGGCAGCCCGCCUCCCACCCAGCCUGCGGCCCCCAGCACUGCCAGCGCCCCCCCACUACCCCCACGGAACGUUGCCAAAGUUCAGACAGCCUCCUCCGCUACUGCCCUGUGGAAGACAAACUCUGUAAGUGUGGACGGUGCAAGCAGGCAGCGAUCUUCGUCAGAUCCGCCAGCUAUCCAUCCACCGCUGCCCCCUCUCCGUGUGACAUCUACCAAUCCCCUGGCUCCCACUCCGCCCCCUCCAGUAGCAAAAACACCCAGUGUGAUAGAAGCCUUGAGCCAGCAGAGCAAGCCGGCCCAGCCUGGGAUCCCACUGAGCAAAGCCCCGCCCCCACCACCCAGCCGCCUCCCCCAGAAGAGGCCUGCUCCCGGGGCUGACAAGUCGACCCCACUGAUGAACAAAGGCCAGCCGAGAGGACCUGGAGUGGAUCUCUCUGGAACGGAAGCUCUGGGUCCUCUGUCCAACACUGCCGUCCUGCAGCCCCCAGCCCCCAUGCCCAGGAAGUCACAGACAACCAAGUUAAAGCCCAAGCGGGUCAAAGCUCUCUAUAACUGUGUGGCUGACAACCCAGACGAGCUGACGUUCUCCGAGGGGGAUGUGAUUAUCGUGGAUGGGGAGGAGGACCAAGAGUGGUGGAUUGGCCACAUUGACGGGGAUCCCAGUCGCAAAGGAGCCUUUCCCGUGUCAUUUGUGCACUUUAUUGCUGACUGAAUUGCUACUGAACAAAGACACUCCUUUUAACAGUUGUGUUCCUGUUUGUUACUGGUACCAAAACUCUUGCCAGAUGACCAGUUUCAUGAAAUAUAUUGUCCGGUAGCCCACUUUCUCUAACUCCGCUCUUCUGUUUUACAAACUCAAAGGCAACUUGUAUGUAUAAAUGAAUUGUUUUUAUAAUUUGUGGUUUUCAUGAAAUACUGCCAUACUUUUAUUAGGGAAAAAACGGAAUUUCCUAGAAGGUGAACUGAAAAGUUAUUUUAACUCGACGUGAUCAAGGUCGUCAAUCUACAGAAUUAGCUGAACCUAAAAGUAUUUGAGUAUUAGAAAGAAAUUCUUCCAGCCUUUCCUUGGCCUGCUUCUAGAGUCGGUGACCCUUUAGUGCAGGUUUUUAGGAAGUUGGUAAACUUGCUUUAGAAGUAGCCCAGCCCUGGACUUUCUAGAUAAAAUGCUAUCAGUUCACCUUUAAAGACUUUUUUUUUUUUUAAGAUACAUUUAAAGAUUUCCUUUGGAAUCCACCCAAGGUUUAGUUAAAGCAACUUGGAAAUUUACACCUUAGCAUUGUACUUUUCCAGCCCUAAUUUGUGAGGUUGCAACUCUCAUUGUAUUCUGCAUGUGCGUGUAGCCUGUUGUGAACAAUCCUACCUAGCAAAACUACCCAUGGUUUAUUACGGCAUAUGGUAAUAGCUAAUUCAGUUCCACGUUCUAUAAACCUGCAUUUCCUGAAUUUGGUUAAAAACUAAGGAUGAUGGAUUGCAAAAACAGUUCUUUACACUAGUUUAUAUGCUUUAGGUGUUUCGGAUUCGCCUUCUCGACCCUCCUCGGUCACGCAGCUAGAGCACUGUGGUGCAGACCCCACUGUUAACACUGCUGUUUCCCACUGAGUGUACCACUGCCUUCCCUCUCCAGCUCCCGGGAAUGUUUACUCAACUUAGUGUCUUGUACUUAUAUACUAUACCAACAGGAACGGUAUUACACUGUCUUGAACUCGAAGCUGUCCAUUUGUUUGUAAUCAAGAGCAUAUCAGAAAUCUGUAGGUCCCAGGUAAUAAAACACUCCCGAGCAGACAUCCCCAUUUCACGACCAAAGUCCAUCACGUCAUUCUUAAACGGAAGCUCCUGGGGGUGGGGGGGUUAGGUUGUGUGUGAUAAAAUCAGAAUUCAUUAGUUUCACGAACUUGACUGUCAUACCUCUAUUUAGUAAUUGUGAGCCUAAGAUUCGUAAUAGGAAUAUUGGACAUUUGGGCACUCUUUGAGAAUAAAUAGGCCUAUAAUGCCCACUCGGAUUUCUACCGGAAGUGAAGGGAUAAGUGUAGGUCUGGGCUUGGAAAGCGAGGCAGCGAUCCUUUCAUCCAUGGUGGCGCUGGUACAUUUGAUUGGAGCAGCCCAUCUUUACUAGGCAAGACUCUUCUAAGUGCAGAGCCUUUUUUUUUUUUUUUUAUUGCAUUGUACUUUUUGUUGCUAUUAUAAAGGAAAACAGAACAAACUGGAAUGUUUUAUGAUGUUGUAUGGCAAUUGCUUUUUAAAGCCUUUCGAAGUUCCGGGUAAAAAUGUGUCAGAUUUUUUUUUUUUUUUUAAAGCACUACAUCUGUUUUCACUAAUUGUUAAUUUCUGUUGUUUGAACCCUUCAUUUAGUUAAUUCCCUCACAGAUUUAAGAAAGUAAACAGAUAUACUUUGCACGGUGCACUUCUUAUGUGUAUUUUAACAAAGUCCUCUUGCAUCUGUGUUUUAUAAUCAGCCUUUUGACUACUUGGUGCCAGAUAUCUAAGGAAUUAAAGUUGAGUCUCACCAACAUUUAAACACCAGUCCCAAACUAAUCUGUCAGGUUCACUGGUACAUAAAUAUCUUGGAAAUAUUUUUUCCAGCUGACAAUUUGGUGGUGCUGUUGUGCAGUAAUUAAUAUUACUCUUGCCAGAGGAGAAAUUAUAUUAACUUCCCCACUAACAUCCUUUCCUAGUUAUUUGCUCUUUGCAAAUUAAAAAACAACUGAGAGGAAGGAAAACAUUGUAGAUAACUAUUUAUAUUUAAAGUUUACAUUUCAUGAACUUAGCUGCAGGAUCCCGGCAUUUUGCAUGCCAUUUUCCAUCAGAUCUGACUUCUAGAGAUGAGGACUCCAACAUGUGCACAGACUCCUAGGUCCUGUGUGAUCUGCUACGGGGUGGAGAGCAUAAAUAUGCAGCUCGGAAUGCUGUUUGAGAUGUAUGAUACUCGAUUCGUUCACUUGAUUACUUCGAUCUAGUUGCAGCGCAACUGUGUAUAUUGUAUAACCUAAAUCGAUUCUUAUUUUCGUUGUCCUUGAUGCAGUGAUUUAUAAUUAGAGCAUGUUCAGUAAGUUGACUCUUCCUGUUAACUAGUCAUUUGACUGGAAAAAAAUAAAAUACUUUUAAAUGGACAUAGUGUUAUUUGUAAUGUUUUUAAUCCUUUAAGCACUGCAUAUUAAAAUGGUCCUUUAGAAAAACCCA